AUGAACUGCACUCCUAAUGCCACCAUCACGCCACACCUGGGACUUGUCCUGAGCCCGGGGGCUGGAGAUGGAGGGACCCAGGAGAGUGGUGGUGGUGGAGGCAGUGGAGGCCUUUGGGUGACAUCUGUACUCGGUGCCACACUGAUGAUCAUGUGUGCUAUGGGUGUGGCGGGCAACACGUACACACUCAUCAUCACGCGUUCAGCCGCUUUGCGCCGGACAGGUUCCAUGUACGUUUACAUCGUCAAUCUGGCUCUGGCAGACCUGCUGUAUCUCUCCACCAUCCCCUUCGUGGUCUGCACCUACUUCGCCCAUGACUGGCUGUUUGGUGAGGCUGGCUGUCGCAUCCUGCUGAGUCUCGACCUCCUCACCAUGCAUGCCAGCGUCUUCAUUUUGGUUGCCAUGAGCCUGGAACGCUACCGUGCCGUGGCAAGGCCCUUCAGCGCACACAGGUCCUCGUCCCGUAAACGGAGGCUUGCGGCAGGGAUUAUCUGGGGGUUGGCUUUCGUGCUGACGCUUCCCAUGAUGGUGAUGAUCCGCCUCAGGGAGGGCAAACCAAACAAUGCUGGUUUGGUCAAGAGGAUCUGCUUCCCUACCUGGACCCAUGAGGCCUUCAAAGCUUAUAUCACCGUCCUGUUUCUGACAAGUGUUUUAGUGCCUGGAUUGGUUAUCGUUGGGCUGUAUGUGGGGCUAGCCAGCCGCUACUGGGCAGUGCAGGCUAGUUUGGGAGGAAGCAGCCGCUCUGCUCGGAAGCGAGGACUCAAACAAAAGGUGGUUUCGAUGAUCUUUAGCAUCAUAGUGGCCUACUGGGCUUGUUUCUUGCCUUUCUGGGGAUGGCAGCUAGCCAAACUGUUCUCUCCAGAGUCCCUCAACGCUUUGUCUCCCGCUGCUCAUAAUUAUGUGAAUUUCUUUGUCACCUGUCUGACCUACGGGAACAGCUGCAUCAAUCCAUUUCUUUACACUCUUCUGACCCGGAACUAUAAAGAUUACUUGGCCCAGAAAGGUCAGUCUGUGGGUUCAAGCAGGGCUGACCCCGGGUCAGCUGUGACUACACCACUGCAGGAACUUUAG